UUGUACUAUAUUCUAUUUACGAAAAUUCUUAAAAAUCCAUUUGUACUCGAUUAAUAUCCUAUAAAAAGAAAUUCUUGCUCUAAGAAUAUUAGGCUACAUAAACUGUGACUAAGUCUGUGAAAAUGAAGUCUGACUGUAUAAAAAUCUCAAAAAAUCUUCUAAUUCUAAUUCAUCUAGCUCUACACCUAACUCUAUAAUCCUACACCAUUUCGAUCCAUCUAAAGCGCCGUUAACUCGUUCGCAUAAGAAGACCAAACGAAGAAACCGAGAGUGGCAUGAUAUUUCGCUAGACGCAGGUUUCCCGCGAGAAUUACAGCGUUGGUUGUUGGCCAAUGCCAUCCUUAAUGCCACAGCCCCAAUCCAGUAAUUUCCGUGGUCGGGUACGCGCCUCGAUCGCAAACAAUCAUUUUCACGUGACGAUUCUGACACGAGCUGGCCGGUAAUGAGGACGUUUCGGGUGUACUUGACACGAUCUUGCGUAAUUCGGUUUAAAUCGGGGGAAUUAUCUCGUUUCCUGCCGCGCGCCGUGUCAUGUCCGAACACCUGGCUAUUCUGACCUCUAUAUAAGCGAUCGUCCCAGAGGAAUCGCGAUUCACCAGUAGCCGGAUCAACGAAAUCUGCCUCCAGGUCGUAUUAUCAACGCAAGAAUGAAGAUUAUCAUCGCUGUAGCUUGCCUAUUGGCCAUCGCGAGCUCCGCGCGCGGUCUGGACCAGGACGCCGUCAUAGCUAAGUACAUGGAGUAUCUGAUGCCGGACGUGAAACCGUGCGCGGACGAGUUCCACAUGACUGAAGAGCAAGCCUCGAACAUUCAAACGGCCGCGGCCACCAUGGACCUCAGGCAGAUGGGUUGCAUGAAGGCGUGCGUCAUGAAACGGAUGAACAUUCUGACUGGUCUUGACUUCCAUUUAGAACCGAUUUAUAAGAUGAUCGACACCGUGCACACUGGAAAUGAUGGAGAGAUCGCGGAUGUGAGGAACAUUGCUGAGAGCUGUGUCGCUGAGAUCAAUGGAGAGACUGACGAGUGCAACAUCGGCAACAAAUACACCGACUGCUAUAUAGCAAAGCUUUUCAGCUGAGGUAAUUCGCUAAAAGAUUGUUCUCGGAAGUUCUUCAACCGUCCGAUGUCAACCAAGUAUAUAAUGUUCAAUAAA